UUUUUAUAAACAACAAUUAAUUAAUAAUUAAUUUCGGAUUUUCAGAAGGUACAACCUUUGCCAAGAUUCCUCACCAAUAACCGUCACUAUCACCGCCGCGAUCCCCAUCCAUAUCACCACCUUCAUCGCCAUGAAUUGCAUACCCGUGUGGCGACCGUAGCUGCUAUGCUCUCUCAUCAAUGAUGUUGCGUUCAUCAACAAGAGCUUCUCUACGCUUCUUUCGCCGGCAAUCUGAAUCUCAAUUUGGUACUUUUUCUCAUCCCAAACCCUUCCUUUUUCCCAUUACUCUCUCUUAUACCACUGAUAUUGAUGUCAUCAAGGACAGACCCCAUCUCGUAGAUUCUAUUAGAAAUCUCCAAAACCUUGAUUCUGCUUUGCAUCUCUUUCACAAAAUGGUUUCCAUGAACCCUUUGCCAUGCGUGAAUGACUUUAACUUUUUGUUUAGCUCUAUUGUUAAGAUGAAGCAUUACACAGCUGCCAUUUCGUUAAUCAAACACUUGUUCUCCUUACGACUCAAAUCUGAUACCCAUACACUCAAUAUUGUUGUCAAUUGUCUGUGCCGUUUGAAUCACACUCCCUUUGCCUUCUCUGUGGUGGGGACGAUGUUCAAAAUCGGCUUGGAGCCCGAUGUGGUCACAUUUAACACCAUUGUUAAUGGUCUUUGUAUUGAAGGCAAUGUGGAUUAUGCUAUUUGGUUUCUUGACCACAUGGAUAACAUGGGAUAUCCACCCGACGCCCACACUGUUGGAGCAAUUAUAAAUGGAUUGUGCAAGAUGGGCGACACCCCUGCUGCCAUUGCCAUUCUAAGGAAAACAGAAACAAGAAACUGCAAACCAAGUGUUACUGUUGCCGGUUAUACCGCAAUUGUGGAUAGUCUUUGCAAGGAUGGGCUGGUAUCGGAGGCUUUGAGUCUAUUCUUGGAAAUGACAACAAAAGGUCUUCAACCCGAUACUAUCACUUACAAUCGCUUGAUUCAAGGACUCUGUACUUUCAGCAGAUGGCAAGAGGCUGCAUCUUUACUGAGUGAGAGGAAACAAAAGGGUAUUAUGCCAGAUACGCAUACUUUUAAUAUUUUAGUGGAUGCUCUUUGUAAAGAGGGAAAGAUUUCGAGUGCUAGAGCCAUACUUGGUCAAAUGGUUCGAAUGGGAGAGGAGCCUGAUGUUGUCACCUAUCACUCAAUGAUUGCUGGUUAUCGUUUCCAAAAUCAAAUGGAGGAGGCCCUGAAAGUAUUUGAUUUGAUGGUUCACAAGGGAUGCCAACCAGACGUCAACACUUGUACUACAUUAAUCCAUGGAUGGUGCAAGAUCAAAAGGAUUAAUAAGGCUAUUUAUCUCUUGGAUGAAAUGAUCAAUAAUGGUUUAAAUCUGGAUGUUGUGACUUGGAAUACUCUUAUCCAUGGAUUUUGCAAAGUGGGUAAACCGUUAGCUGCUAAAGACUUGUUUUUUACAAUGCACAAAUUUGGUCAAUGUCCUGAUGUAUUCAGCUGUGCCAUUAUAUUGGAUGGCCUAUUCAAAUGUCAUUUGUCUUCUGAUGCAAUAUCAUUAUUUAGAGAAAUGGAGAAGAAUAAUUUGGAUCUUAAUAUUGUAACUUAUAAUGUGGUGCUCCGUGGGAUGUGCCAUGCCCGAAAACUAAAUGAUGCACUAGAACUCUUCUCUUGUCUGCCAGCAAAAGGCUUGAAACCUGAUCAAUAUACUUAUACAAUAAUGAUCCAAGGUCUAUGUAGGGAAGGACUUCUGAUUGAUGCUGAAGAGAUGCUUAUGAAUAUGGAAGAGCAUGGUUGCUUGCCAGAUAGCUGCACAUAUAACGUCUUCAUCCAAGGAUUACUACGACGAAAUGCUUUUUUGAAGUCAAUAAAAUAUUUUCAGAUUAUGAAAGACAAAGGUUUUGCAGCAAAUGCUACAACCAUGGAAUUGCUUGUAGAUUACCUCUCUACGCACAAAGGAGAGAAUGCUUUUCAAGAAUUUGUGCAGAAAAUUGUUUGAAUAUAUCAAUAUAACGUCUUAGUUCUUUAUUUGAAUCGAGGAUUUGAUGUUUGUGCAGAAACUGAUACUUCCAUGCUGCUUUUGGUUUUCAAAUUGGCCACAGAUCAAAAUUUUCCUUCUUGAGAAGGUUAUGCAUUGCGUUACUCUAGUCAUCUGUUUAGUUAUAAGCUUCAUUCAUAUGGAAUUUCACGGAACAAGCCACAGCAAUGCAAGAAUCUCAUUCUUGAGAAGGUUAUGCAUUGUGUUAUGCUAGUCAUCUAUUUCGUUUUAAUUAAGCUUCAUCCAUGUGGGUUACGAUAGGAUUAGUAUUGGGCUAACCCAAUUAGAGAAUUAUACUAUAAAUAGGAGUAUGAUGUAAUAAUGUAAAAUAUCCAUGAUGUAAUAAGAAAUUCAAUUUUUUUUCUUUGGUCUUAAUUCUAGGGAUUUCUCUCCUAUUCUUUCUCAAUAUUUCUGAUUCUCUCUAUUCUUGAUACAAAUUCGUAUCAAAUAGUGCUUUUAUUGAACACCUUGUCAAAUUUCCAUGGUGAUUCACUGGACUCAACUUGGGAUCAGAUUCAAACUAAUUUACAACGUUUGAAUUCAAAUUAUCAAAAACGGACAUAGUUACUUGAAGAUAUUAAAGUAACUUGUGCCAGAAUUUGUGCAACCUUGAUCGAUAAUUAACAAAUCCAGGAUUCAAGCCAAAUCAGAACCAAAUUCAUCAGAAGACAAUCUAAAUUCAAACAUUCAUGCCAUUUUAGAGGCAGAUUUUCAACUAUUUAGCAACAAUUCACCAAAUCUGAAAGCAAAAAAGUUAUUAAUCACAGAUCUACAAUUACAAAAUUUGAAUUUUGAAUAUGAAGAUGCAGCAUUCGAGAAUGUAGAAACAAAAAUUCCAGAGUUCAACAACAAUGCAGAACACGAAGAGGAGCCAGCAAAAUUAGAUUUUAAUUUUGAAUUUCUACCUGAAGAAUCAACAGAACUUGCAGCUAAAGUAGAAUGUCAACCAACAGAACACGCAUUUAAAAACUCAAUUCCAGGGAUUCCAACCACAGCAGGUUAUGGAGCAAGAUAAAAUUUAGGGUUAAGUAUGAUUUUGGUCCCUAACGUAGGGGCCAAAAAUCGAUUUCGUCCCUCGGCUUUUUUUCGCUUCAAAAAGGUCCCUGAGAUUCCGGUUUGUUUUAAAAUCGUCCUUCGGACCAAAAUGCCCCUAUCCCUUCUUCCCCAAAAUUCUCCCUUCUUCUCCAAAAUUAUGCAACCACCACCACCACCACCACCACCACCACCAGAACUCAGAAUCAGAACAACAACCACCACCACCA